AUGGCUUGUCGAAAGAUUACUUUAGCUGCUUGUUCGCUCAAUCAAUGGGCUUUGGACUUCGAAGGCAAUUUAAAACGAAUCUUACAAAGUAUAAGCGAAGCAAAAGCGAAGGGAGCAUGUUACAGACUUGGCCCAGAGCUCGAAGUUUCAGGUAGGUUUAAUAUGGUUUCGCUUUUUUAAAAAGAACAGUAUAUGGUGAUCAACCUCAAGAGCGGAUCUAGCCUCAUCUGCAAGGAGGGGUGCAGGUUUUCCAUGGGGUGGUGCAUGAGGGAGCCUUACUGCCCACUCUCCUCUGCAACGCUACUAUCCCAACAUUUAUACCAUUAUUUUGAGAUGGGCAGAUGGUCGAAUCUGCAUGUUCGCCGUUCUGUUACGUUUUACAUUAUCUUCUGUUUAUAAAGUUUAUAUCGGCUUUUUAUCACGUAUGCCUGACUGGACAGUUGCUGUAGCACAGUACAGUAAGUUUGCUUGUUAAAGUACAGUAUUUUUGUAAAUAUUGCUGUAUGAUUAUAACAACCUCGACAUGUUUACAUAUUUAACCAUGAUAUUUAACUAAAACAUUCUGAGUAUUUUCUUGUGAGCUCACAAAUCAAUUAAUCGUUUCAAGAAAUGGGCGUGCGCUAACAGUAGAAGUUUCGUUAAUUGCUAUUCGAAAGCAAAAAAUGUAUGGUCAAGCAGAUUUUUUGGGGGUGCAUGCAUGGUGCUGGACUUCUGUAGGGAGACGUUGGACACCACUAAGUGGAGUGUCUUAGUACCCCCACGGUAGAUCCGCCCCUGAGUAAAACGUAUGACAGCCAUUAUGAAUGAGAGCUAUAUCUUCUGAGCAGGCCUCGAAUUUAAUGGCGUUAAAAAUUGCCGUAGGAAGGUAACAGCUGUCUACGGCAAUUUAGGCAGUUUCCACGGCAUUUUUUCAAAUUACUGUAAUAAAAAUUUUAAUUUAUUGUUAUUUGGAUUGCUGACAAGGUAGAAACAUGUUUACUUAUUUCUUUAGUGUUUUUUUCGAAGAAAACUGAGACUAAAAUGGUAGUUUACGCAUGAUUUGAUCAACAUCUGAAUUCAAGUAUCAAAAUAGUAUGCACAGUGAAUAGUGUAAAAAUUAUACUAUACGGCAAAAAAUUGCCGCCAAUUGAUCCACGGCAUUUUCUUCUCCCUCUACGGCAAUUGCCGCGAUAAAAUUCAAGCCCUGCUUCUGAGUCAUGCUAAUUCAUAUGUUUUCAGGUUAUGGGUGUGAGGACCAUUUCCUUGAAGACGACACGUUUCUGCACUCGUUCCAAGUCUUGGCAUGUAUUUUAAAAUCGCCCGUCGCUCAGGACAUCGUUUGCGAUAUCGGAAUGCCUGUGCAGCAUAAAAGUGUACGUUAUAAUUGCAAGGUCAUCUUUUACAAUCGAAAGAUUUUGUUGAUCAGGCCGAAAAUGGUUAUGGCAAACGAUGGCAAUUACAGAGAACUGAGGUGGUUUUCACCAUGGCAAAAG